AUGACUUAUUCUGGUCCCCUACCUUCAUAUCGAAGUAAUGCUGGUAAAUACAUUUUUUGGGGAACCAUAGGUUGUCUGGAAAAUAGGCAAUGUGAUGUGUUGUGUAAAGAGGCUGUUUUGAUAAAUGCUCCAAAAUUCAUACUCGUUAAAAUUGUUUGGAUUGAAAUAUUUAAUACUAUGAUUAGACCACUUUGUAUUCAUGAGGUUAAAAUCACCAACGAUCAAAGAGUCAUCAUACGGCUUUCUAGUAAAGCUAUGAGCGGCAGUGCAACUGUCUUAUACCUAGGUUCCAAAUUAGUCUCAUUUGAUGUUGAGUCAGAUAAGGAUCGAUUCUACCGAUAUAACAUAAACACUGAAAAGCUACUCGAAGCUAUAAAAAAUGAUGUCAUUGUCGGUACACCUAUAAAUGGAAACUUGACUGGUGUUGUAACUUAUGCUGAUAACAUCAUUCUUCUUAGUUCUACUCUCUCGGGCCUAAAAAACUUAUUACAACAUCUAUUGUGUAAGUUUUAUAAAACAAUUAACAAUAUUCAGGCACGUGCUGAAGGUAAAAAGGAUACACCUAUUUCUUUGGCUGGUACUGACAAUCAUUUUUCUAUGCAUAUUGUAGAUGGAAUCCCAAAGAUAUUUUAUUUUUAUUCGCAUAUUUCUUUUCAUAUAGAAUCAUUUCUUCAAAAUACCAUACCAAAAUAUAUUUUGGGUAAUUAUGGUUCACCUGUAAUAAGUUUAAAUCCUGCAAAUGAUAGCAGUUGCGUGCAAAAUUGCUGGAAAAAAAUUGAAAGUGGAACUUUAUACGUGGGAGCAGUUAUAAAUCACGAUAAUUCAAAUUGCUUUUGUACUGUUACGCAGGCUGGACUACCAUUAGUUAUCGUCGGGAAUCGCAGAAGUCAAAAUUUUCUACUUUCAAUUUUUCAACCAUUAUCUGCAUCUUGUUUUAUUGGUUCGUAUAUAAAUUUUCGAGUUCGAAUCAGUUUUUAUCUUGAAGGAAAUGAUGAGAGUAUGUUAUAUUUUAUUGAUGAUCUCAAUAACUCAAUGAGCUAUUCAGCAAGGAUAAUUAUUACACAAAUUAUAAAACCUGAACGAGUUUUUCAUACGUCUAUAUCAACAGAAAGAAAUAAUCAGAGUAAGCUUUAUUCUUCAGUAAAAGAAACAUAUUCUGGAACUCUAAACUCUAAGUUUGAAAACCUUUAUCUUUUAGAAACAAAGAUCGGUGAUAUGUCUGUGCCAUAUAAUCACACGGAAUGGGCUGUACUGAUUUAUUCCACUAGUAAAUCUUUGUGGGUAACAUUAACUUCAUUUAUUAUACAGCGACCUGUAAGAAAAUGUAGUCUUAUUAUGAAAGUUUCAAACAACACUUUGAAUCAAAGUUUGUUUAUUAACUUCAACAUGUCAACUAGCGCUGACUGUGUCGUAGAUCUUGAAAACGUUACGAUUAUUAUUGAACACCACCCAAGAUUUAAACUUAAUGGACUAAUAUGGGAUUAUUUGAGUAUUAAUCCGACAUCACUAAUUAGUCAUGGUAACUUUGAUCUUAUUUAUGUACAAAAAAUCUACAUAGACUCGUUUUUAAAAUUUUCUGUGAACUACGAGAUUAUUGCGCUUCCAUUUGAAUUUGGACAAAAGGUAAUCUCAGUAAUAGCAACUAUUCAUUGCAAUGAAUACACAGAUGAUAAACCAAUAAAGUUUUUCAAGCAAAUGGUUUUUAAAAGAAUUCUGGAAUUAACAACAAAGAAAGCAAUUACACAAGUCUAUCCAAAAUUUAACAUGAAAAAUGAAACAAUGUUUGAAAAUCAGACUCAUCUAUGUACGUGCAUUCCUAUUGAAAAAAGGCAGCAAAGUCCAUGCUUUCAACUGGAAAAAAGUACUGGCAAAGUAAUAUAUUUUCCAAUUCACGUCAUAGAAGUUAUUGGUUACGAUCCCUUGACAAACUUCUUUUACGGAAAAACAUUUCGAGAAAAUAUUAUUGAAGUUGAUAUAUAUGGUAAAAAACCUCUCAAUAUAAUCACAAAAGAUAAAUGGAUAUCUGUUAUGAGUUCGUCUAAUUUCAAGUGAACAAUAAAUAAAAUACAAUAAAAGAGUUUGAAUUAGAACCUAAAGUUUAGAAGAGUAUAUAAAAUCUUUGCGCAAUAAUAAUUCAGAGAUUUUUUAAGAAAGAUAAAAAACUUUAACAAUUGUUAAUAGAAAAAUGUAGGACUGUUCAUAUGAACUGGGCUGGCCCGGUUAACCAGGCUGACUAAAAAAGUAACAACAAAAAAAUAAAUGUUUACGUUGGAAUCUACAUUUGGCGUUUUCAUUAUAUUUUUUCAAUUUUUUGUUUUUUAAACAAUUUAGAAUGUAUUUGAUUGGAUUAAGAAAUAGCAUAAUUUUUUUACUCAAUCA